CAUAGGUGAAUUAAAUUACGAUUGCGUCGAAAUAAGGAAGCCAGUACGGAGAAACAAAAUGCAGUUGGUAUGGUAAGUUGUAAGUUUUCACCCUUAUCUAGUGUGACAAGGGUUGGCGAGGGGUGCGGAAAGCGCAGCACGAGGGUACGAAAGGCAACGCGCGCAGAACCACCUGGCCUCGUCGCGCGUUCCCCAUUCAAUUUCGUAUCGACCGGCUGCGAGUAACAAUUUCUGCACUCGAACAAAUCGAAAUUCGAGUCCGAUAUGAAAAUCGGUAAAGACACGCGGUCAGAAAUUUGCCAUCAGCGCCACUCAAUGAUGUGAUGUGACACUUCUUAUCGAUGUAGUGAGAUAAGAACUAAGGGCACUUGCCCCAAAUUAAAAAAAAAAAAAAACAUUCAAUCGGUAUCGAGUGGAACGACGAAAAGUUAUCGGAUUUUCCGACUGGUCGGAGAAGGGUAAAUGGUGAAGGCAAUAAACGGUCGCGGGAUAGAAUGGGAAAAGCGGCAUUGUGAGAAUCCGAGAAGAAAAUCGAAGUGUGUCAAUCGGAAAAUCGUCUAAUAUGAGCGCGUUAUCGGUGUUUACAUCAGGACGCGUCGUUGUCACAUCGACUUGUCCAGGUAUUCGCCGUCCAAUAUGAUGGACAAUAUCGGGAAGAUGAUUGAGCAACAAACGCUUCAAGAACAGGUCGAUUCUGGGGACGGCGUGGCGCAUGCGACGGCAUCAGGAGGCAUGGAGACGCAGGCCGUCCGCAUGAGGUUGAUAUCGCGUGCCGUCGUGGAGCGGCGUAUUGUUAAACAGGAGGACAACGAGGGUAACCUUUCCGUGAUCGUUCAGCCCCAGGAGGAGUCGAGAGACUCCGAGCUGUUAAGCCCUGGAAAGCUGUCCCCUACAUCCGUUAGUGUGUCGGGAAUUAUGGACAGUAGUGACUUCAGAACAUUACAACCGGAACCUACAUACCAAACUCUAACUUCUGUCAACGGAAGGAUGUCACCACCAGGGUAUAGCCCCAGCUCUUCUUACGCUACCCUAACGCCGCUCCAACCUCUACCUCCAAUAUCCACCAUGUCUGACAAAUUCGCCUACGGCCACGGUAACGUAUCCGGCUCCUUUACAGUGAUGCAAAACAACGGCUUAGGCAUUGGACUCGGACUUGGUGUUAAUGUGAACACGCCAUAUGCGAUGCCUUCGAUGGGGAUGACACCUCCUCAUAACUAUUCCUCGCCAGGCAUGGCGUUGCAACAAACUAGCCCCAUCAGUCCCCAAAGUGCUUAUAGUCAAAAUGGUUUACCGUCCCCACAAAAAAGUAUAUCACCCCCAAGUUACGAAUCCUAUCCCUCUCAACGGGAACUAGUUUCGCGUACCUUACAAAGCCCCCAGUUAAGUCCUCCGACUGCUUCGCUUAAUUCACCAGACGGGACUCUUGUGACUAGUUUUAGUGCUGGAACAAUCAACGGUUUAACUCUUCAGCAUCAUACUCCAACCUUAGUUCAAAUAGCACCACCUCAUAGGGAUUGUUCCCCUUCGCCUCCAGUUUUAACGCUCCAACAAGCGUCUCAACAAUCGCAACAGAACCAGCAACAACAAAAUCAACAAGUUCAACAGACACAAACAAUGCAAGUUACCGGGAAAAGUGGACAAAUAUCGAACAAUCAAUCGAUCAAUGUGCCGGCUAUCAGUGCCGAUGUCGAGGAAAUUAAUACCAAAGAAUUGGCUCAACGGAUCAGUGCCGAACUGAAAAGAUACAGCAUACCGCAGGCUAUCUUUGCCCAAAGGGUUUUGUGUAGGUCGCAGGGUACCCUUUCAGAUCUACUCAGAAACCCGAAACCUUGGUCCAAGCUGAAAUCUGGCAGGGAAACCUUCAGGAGGAUGUGGAAAUGGCUCCAAGAACCUGAAUUCCAAAGAAUGUCUGCACUCAGACUCGCAGCUGCACAGAUACCACAACGAGGGAGUUGCAAACGGAAAGAAGAUCCAGCGAGCAACCAGGAACAGUUACCUACCCCCAAGAAACCGAGAUUGGUUUUCACAGACCUCCAACGACGUACACUGCAGGCUAUUUUUAAGGAAACGAAAAGGCCUUCCAAAGAGAUGCAGGUUACAAUAGCGAGGCAGUUAGGUCUAGAGCCCACGACGGUCGGCAAUUUUUUUAUGAACGCCCGCCGAAGAUCAAUGGAUAAAUGGAAGGACGAGGACCCGAAAAAUGUAAAUAAUUUACUACAUCCCGAUCUGUCGCCAGGAAUGGGACAGGACGAUCCCGAUCAAGACGAUAUGGACAAUGAUUUAGACGAUCAAGAUGAUGAAGUGUUGUGACAUGCAUUUCGAAAUCGUCAAUUGUUGAUGCUGUGACGCUGAAAAUAGUGAUAUGGCACUGAUAGCUGUAGAAAUCUAUAGUGUUGAAAACACCCACUUGUUUGGAAUUCCCUUGAUUUUUUUUAAUCAUUUGGGCCAUUUGCGGAAAUGAGAAUGAUCGUGAAUGAAAGAUAUGAUUGAUUUUUUCAUACUUCACCAUAUCUCCACAUAUUUGUUUCCUUGGAAAUGAAACUUAAGAAGGAAAAAUUAGUCGAAACUUUUUAAGUUUUUUCCUAAGGUGUCCCCUAACAUUUCAUUUAGAUAUUUGUUAUUACGAUACAGAUAAUCAGGUAAUAUUUUCAACUGAAUUCCGAGUAUUAUCAAGUUUUCAUUCCAUGAGCCUUUGAAAGAUCUUUCAGCAUUGGUGAUUUUUGUAUUUUUGUGCCCAUCACGAUCUCGAAUAGGUUUAUUAUUCAGCCAUACAGGGUUUGCGUGAAAGAUCCUUAUAAAAACCUACCACAUAUUCAUCAGACCUAGAUGAGACGAUCUUAGUAAUCUUUAUCUUGUCGCUAAAUUGAACAAAAUGAACGAACAAAUUUUUAAAGAACUUCCUUUGUUACAAUUCGAAGCAUGAGAGUAUUAGGUAUUUAUAGAACUUUUCUUUCAAUCUAAUGAUAAACAUCAAGGUGAGGAAUGCGGCCAUUCUGAAUCAAGUUGAAAAAUUAUUCUUGUUAUGGUCUGGGGAAGAUGGGGUGUUUUUUUUGUGAUAACCAUAGUUUCAUAUGAUUUUUUACAUUCCAUUGAAAGUAUUAAUAAUAUUAACUCAUACAUUAGUUAUGUUCACAAAUUCGUUAUAGCUGAAAUUUCAUAAAAAAGUAUUUUGACAACAGCUGCUUGAAAUAUACUGCUGCAGAAGUGAUGAUGAUUUAUAAAAAUACUCAAUGAGGAUUUGCCAAUGGAUACUGAUGUCAACAUCAACAUGAUUAAAUGAAUAUUUCAGCUAUAGGUGAAUUAAUUAGAAGAGUACCUCACAUAAAUCUAGUCAGAAUAAUUUUUUAAGCUGUAAAUUAUUAUUUUUUGUUUUGAAACUCUUUGGAGAUAUAUUUAUUAUAUAUUUAUUGAAUCUUAUGAAUCAUAAGAAUAAAAUUGUUUUGCUAUUUUAUCACUUUUGUGUUAAUUUAAUUAAUUUUAUGUUACUAUUUUGAAAAUUUAAAAAUAAUAAUAAAGUAGUUGAUACCCUGUUCAAUAUAGUCAUUCGAUCUUUCUGCGCAAAAAGUAUGAAAUGUACAAAUAUUCCUAUAUUUUAUUAAAAAGUCUAAAGUCUAUAUUUUAGCACAAUAAAAUGUUUGUAAUUAGAACUAGGUUUAACUUGUACAAAUAUAAAUUUUAAUAGUCAUUUAACUGUACUUUUUGUGAGAGAAAGGUUGUCGAUAUCAAAGAAACAGACCAUAAGUCUCAUGUGUGCAUGUGAAAUUUAUAAUGAAUCAACACUUUUUUACUACAACUUAUAGGUACAGUAUUCUUUGUUUGAAAACUGACAGAUCAGAACGUUUUGAAAAACUUUCGACAAAACAAUUCAGACGUUUUCGAAAAGCUAUAGGGAUGCACUCCCCAUAGCAGGACGAGGUGGAAUUUCAGAAUCGCCCAUCUAAAAGUCACAUAUAGUUUUGGUUCUUUAUGUUUAUUGUUUUUCUGAAUUCCUUCUCCAUCUGUACCCCUUUUCUCUUUAAUAAAGUUUACCUUCUUGUA